CAAACCCUCAGGAACACAGACUUCAGCGUAAGAUCAAUUUGCAAAUUAUAUAUCGAUUCGAAGAGCCAGCUACAAGUGCAGUUUGGUACAGGGACAACUUCCAUUCUUUUGGGCAUUCAAGCUGGUCAUUAUGGUCAACACCAUGGACUUGGAGCAUGAAAAGAGGCAAUACUACAUCCGUGCCAAGCAUAUAUUUAUCAUUUGUAUUACAGUAGUAGUCUGCUCUUUGGUAGUUGGUCUUGUGGUGGGCCUUUCCCGGAGUGAUACGACCACAACAGCCACACACUCUACACCAGCCCCCACAACGGUGCCUACGCAGCCCCCAAAACCUGGUAGGGGGCCCUGCAAGCCUUCCACUGACAGCAGUGGUGACUGGAAAAAUUUCCGUCUGCCUGACUAUGUGAAACCGAUCCAUUAUGACUUGCUGCUGGAACCAGACCUUCUUGACGAUACUUAUACUGGCAUUGUGAACAUUGAAGUGGAAGUCAGCAAGCCCACCCGCCAUCUGUGGGUUCAUAUCAGAGAGACAUUCGUCAGUGACAAGCCCAGGCUAAGGUUGUUGGACCGGCAUGGAGGGGAGAAGUAUGUGCCAGUAAAGAGUUGCUUUGAAUAUAAACCACAUGAGUAUGUGGUGGUUCAGGCUACAGAGGUGCUGCCGAUCACCGGCCCCGGUGAAGUGUAUGUGCUAAGUUUGGAUUUCAAAGGGUGGCUGAAUGGCUCCUUGGUGGGAUUUUACCGAGUAGUUUACACAGAAAACGGAGUUACCAAAAAGAUUGCUGCGACUGAUCAUGAGCCAACAGAUGCACGGAAAUCAUUUCCCUGCUUUGAUGAACCCAACAAAAAGGCUACCUAUAAAAUCUCGAUCAUUCAUGAUGCAUCCUAUGGUGCCCUGUCCAACAUGCCACUUGAGAGUCCCCCCGAAGGUCUGUCAGGCAAUAAAAUGAGGACUUCAUUCCAGAAGUCCAUUCCAAUGAGUACCUAUUUGGUAUGUUUUGCUGUGCACCAGUUCAUUCAUGUGGAAAGAAUAUCUGCCCGAGGAAUUCCCUUGAGAAUCUACACCCAGCCAAGUCAGUUAGCAACUGCAACAUAUGCAGCAAACACAACAAAAAUAAUUUUUGAUUACUUUGAGCAAUACUUCAAUAUGAACUACUCCAUCUCAAAACUGGACAAGAUAGCUAUCCCUGACUUUGGGACAGGUGCAAUGGAAAACUGGGGACUCAUCACCUACAGGGAGACCAACUUGCUGUAUGAUGAGAAACAAUCAUCGUCCUACAAUAAGCAAAGGGUUGCGAGUGUUAUUGCCCAUGAGUUGGUUCACCAGUGGUUUGGAAAUAUCGUGACUAUGGAUUGGUGGGAUGACCUCUGGCUCAAUGAAGGCUUUGCAAGCUUCUUUGAGUACAUCGGUGUGGAGAAAGCAGAGCCCAGCUGGGGCAUGCGGGACAUAAUGAUCAUCAGUGAUGUACUCCCUGUUAUGGUUGAUGACGCCCUACUCUCAUCCCACCCAAUUAUUGUGAAUGUGUCAUCCCCAGCAGAGAUCACCUCUGUGUUCGAUGCAAUAUCAUACAGCAAGGGAGCAUCAGUUCUCAGAAUGCUUGAGGACUGGAUGGGUAAAGAUGUGUUCAGAGCUGGCUGUCAGAAAUAUUUAAAAGACUAUUACUUCAAGAAUGCUAAAACUGACAACUUUUGGGCAUCUCUAGCAAAUGUUAGUGGGUUGCCAAUUGGAGAGGUAAUGGACACAUGGACCAAGCAGAUGGGUUAUCCAGUGGUUGACUUGACUGUCACAGAUGUGACAAAGCUCAGAUUGACCCAAAAUCGUUUCCUCUUGGAUCCUAAUCCUGAUGUCAACCAACCUCCUUCACCAUUCGGUUACAAGUGGACUAUCCCAAUCAAGUCACACUCCGUGAAGAGCAAUAAGAACAUGUCAGUCAUGUUUGACAAGAGCAGCACAGAGCAUGUUCUAAGUGACUACUCACUUUCAGUGGACGGUCUGCUGAAGAUCAACAAUGAUCACAUUGGAUUCUACCGAGUCAACCAUGAUGACCAAAUAUGGAAUGCGAUUUGCCAACAGCUUCAAAAAGACUACUUGGAGUUUGAUGCAGCUGACCGCACAAGCUAUAUUGACGAUGUAUUUGCGCUAGCAAGGGCAGACAUCAUUGACUAUGGCCAUGCCUUAAACCUUACCAUGUAUCUUAAAAAUGAGCCUGACUACAUUGUAUGGGAGCGUGUCGCCUCCUCUAUUGCUUAUGUUGGGGACAUGCUGUCAGGCAAUACUGCUCUCUACCCAAAGUUUCAGAAACUGUUCCGUGAUCAUGUGAAAGUAAUUUCAUCUGAACUUGGAUGGGAUGAUGUUGGAACACAGACACAGAGGUUACUACGUGAGACUGUGCUCAGCAUUGCUUGUCAAAUGGGAGAUCAAACUACAUUGAAUGAAGCAUCACACAUUUUUGAUCAAUGGAUUAACGGAACUAUCAGCAAUAUCGCAGUUAACCUGAGGUUGUUAGUUUAUCGUUAUGGCAUGAAAAACUCGGGCACUGAAGCAAAGUGGAACAUCAUGUUAAAGAGGUACAAGAACACCUUCUUGGCUCAGGAGAAAGACAAGUUGCUGUAUGGCUUGGCAUCUGUCCAGGAUGUAAAUCUUCUUUGGAGGCUCCUCGAUGCAGCUAAAGAUAUGAAUGUGGUGAGAAGCCAGGAUCUGUUCACUUUGGUGAGAUAUGUGUCCUUUAACCCGAUGGGUCAAACCAUGGCCUGGGACUGGACCACACUCAACUGGGAAUACCUGGUUAACAGAUACACCAUCAAUGAUCGUAACCUUGGUCGUCUUUUGACUCAAAUCUCAUCCACCUACAAUACAGAGCUACAACUGUGGAAGAUGGAGCACUUCUUCAGACUGACUCCGAUUGCUGGUGCUGGUGAGAUGCCAAGGCAGCAGGCACUGGAGAGAGUCAGAAAUAACAUCAAAUGGAUCCAGAAAAAUGAGAACGAGAUCAGAGUGUGGCUCCAGAGCAAUAUUGCCUAACACAGUAACAUAUUUCUGAGAAGUCUGAAUAUUUUCUGUAUGAAAAUUAACAUACCCAGAAAAAUCCAGAAGACUUCAACUCAUUUAGAAUAUAAACGAUUGAAUUCAGAUGAUUUUUGUUUAGAUUUGACCCUUGUUACAACAGUUUUAACAGAUAUCAGAAAAGACACACUUUCUUGAUUCUCAGACUUUCUAUCCAGUAAUGCUUAAAGGUCUGAGGACCGAGAUUUUUUGUUUUCUUGAUUACUCCUUUUGCCAACCACAUCUGCCAUUCUGAAGUGAUUAUAGUGCAGAUAUACAGCAGUUUAAUCAAUAAAUAUGAUGCAG